GUUGUCAUUCACAUCAGCAUUCUCCACAGGAACAUGUGACAAACAAAGAGAAGAAGUUCAACAUCCUCAACCAACUGUCUCGCCUGUUCGCGGGCCCCUGGGCCUCGUGCCAGAUGUGUGGUGUGUUAUUACUGCAUAUGCAGGGCCACCCCGCGCUCGCGGCGUAUACCUUCGAUUUGUUCCCGCACCGGAGCUCGCAGAAGACAACAGACGCCUCACCAGUCACUGCAGAGACCACACGACCUGAAAAAUCAACAUCAGUUCCUCAAGCGACACCAUUAGCGACCGCUGACGCUCCAGCUGACAUCGUGACGAUUCUCACCGACACCGCCGCGCCUCAAGCGGCUACGGACUACGAAGCUGACCAUUCGUCGAGUGAUGAAGAAGAUAUUGAAAUGCCUCCUGAUAGUGAAGCGCCAAUACAAACUGCCGUAGAAGACAACUUGAGUACUACCCCUUGCACUAAAGUGGAGCCGCCCUCCGAACCGGACUUCUUACCACAGAUCACGUGCAAAUCAGAACCUGAGGAUUCCGACGCCUCGGAAAGGUCAAUGAUUAUUAUGUUUGAAGACGAGACCAUCAAAUCAGAAAUCCCGGAGUGGACGAGAGACGAAGACAAACUCAUCCUUGAAAUGCUGAAAAUCAACCUCACAAAAGAAGAGAGAAAAGAUACCAACAAAACUAUUUUAGAAACCCUCGAUGAGAAGAACGUGUUAGAAGUGUUGACUGAAAGCUUAACGAAUAAGUCGUACCAAGAUGUAAAGGAAAGAAUGAUGUAUUUAUUGAAACUUCUUGUGCUAAGUGAAUCUUAGGUGGUUAUCCCGUUAUUUAUUAAACUAUUUUCUUAA